AUGGACGGCACCGUGGUGCUGGAAGUCAAGGAGCCAGGCGACGGCUUCGUGAUGUGCAAGGUGAUGAACGACUGCAAGCUGGGCGAGAAGAAGAACGUGAACGUCCCCGGCGUGAAGGUGAACCUUCCGGUGGUCGACGAGCGUGAGAUCAAGGACAUCGUCGAUUGGGCUGUACCCAACAACGCGGACUACAUCGCUCUCAGCUUUGUGCAGAGCCCCGACGACGUCAAGGAGUGCCGCAAGCACUGUGCCGACAAGCCCAUCAAGAUUAUCUCCAAGAUCGAGAACGUGGAGGGCCUGAAGAACUUCGACGCCAUCCUCGCGGAAUCCGACGGCAUCAUGGUCGCGCGCGGCGACCUCGGCAUGGAGAUUCCGAUGGAGAAGAUUUUCAUGGCACAGAAGAUGAUGAUCGCCAAGACCAAGGCAGCCGGCAAGUAUGUCGUCACCGCCACCGAGAUGCUGGCGUCCAUGGAGGACAAGCCCUUCCCCACGCGCGCCGAGGCGUGCGACGUGGCCAACGCGGUGCUGGACGGCACGAGCGCGGUGAUGUUGAGCAGCGAGUCGGCCAUGGGCGACUUCCCGGUGGAGACCGUGACGAUGAUGCGCCGCAUCUGCGAGGAGGCGGAGUACUCGCUGAGCAGGAUCCCCGUGAAGGCGUGA